UGAAAAUUGCAUGAUUCCUAUCAUCGUAGAAGCGAUCGUUCGAGCCGCUGUUUUAAGAGUUGCGUGAGUGUCUGGCCAGCAGCAGCAGAUUGAACGGGACACGUAGGCUUCAUUCCGGUGCCGGUUCACCGGUCCAUUGCAACGUGCGAGGUCAAUUGUAACGUUAACGCAAGCGUUACGUACAUAUCUCCGGGGAAGGCGGCGGAAACCGAGGCAAUUGCAAGACCCUGCUUCGUUUAACGGUUAACCUGGUACCUACGGCUGGUCCGUACACACCUCCAGUCACGCACGUUUCGCCUUCCACAUACACUCUCUCUACAGGGCAAAGAUGAUGCACCCAGUCCUUCCAGCACUGCUCUCGACAUUGUUUAUCACGGCUGUCUUGUUUCUCCUACUAGCCCCGACACUGGGGUUAGCUGAUGAGAUUUCCUCAUCUAUUGACGCGGCUUGCGUCGCCUCCCUGUCGUCGCUCGCUGGGGAUGCCUCGGCGUCAGGGAUGAGUGUGGGAGCUGGAGGAGGAACCAUGUAUGCGUGUUAUAACAUCCUCGCAUUCACCCCUCCAACAUUUAUCGCGGAUCUACGACUUUUCGAAUCGCCCUCGCCAUCGUCCUCCGCACGCUAUUCUAAUGCCAAUAUCUCCACGGAUACGGGUUCACCCACGAUCGAGAUUGUCUGGCCACCCGGGAUUGAAGGCGAUUCUGUUGCGGGCGGAGCAGCACUCACACGUCGUGCUCCCUCUCCUGUUCCUAACUGGAAGGAGCUCUGGAAACGUCAGAACUCUGGGACCGGCGCUGCUCCCUCGAUGCAGCUUACGAAUAAAUGGGUAUUCACCGGUACGAUCACCGAUGAGAGUCUUCUUUCACAGUCGGAGAGCGUACUCAAGAGCAUGAUGCUACCUGCUGUGAAUCUCGUUUCGGGGGAUGGGGGAAAGGUGGACUUGUCGUCGUCGUCGAGUGGGAGUAUGGCGUCGUAUGUGUUCGGGGUCAUGGCUGAUACGACGUCCGGUUCUGCUAUAACUCCGGCUGCAACUGCGGAUCCUCCAGAAGUUGUGGUCCCAUCUUCGACUUCCGAGGCGGCACAGACGCCAGCGGAAAGGACACUCACUCCCACGACGUCUGAGGAUACAGCUGCUGUGACAACCGGUCUUCUCACGGAUUCCUCGGUGAGCGAAAUCGGGGCAAACGGGCCCACCACUGCUCUCGUUCCCACACCUGCACCCUCGAAUUCGGCUGUGGACACGUCUACUUCCGCGACGAGUGCGUUGGCUGUGGACACGAGUUCCAGUACACCAGCUGCGGAAUCAACCUCAUCUGCCGUCGUACAAGCCUCCUCGAGCUCCGCAACUCCUCCGCCGACUUCGACAUCUGCCGCAGCAACCUCACCCACAACUGCACCUGCAUUCACCCCAACCAUCGCCGCCGCCAUCGCAUCCUCCUCCUCCUCCUCCCCUUCCUCCUCCGCACCCCCCCUUGCCCUCGCCGACACCGCCCAGCCCCAAUCCGCCCCGGCAGCCGCGCCCGCACUCCAAGCAACCAUAGCAACCCCAUUCGUCCUCCCCGGUACCUCCCUCGGCAUAACCCCAAUCGGAACAUACGUCUUCUCGGCUUGGACUGGGAUAUUUGGUAUCGUCGUCGGUGCGGGGUUUUGGCGGAAACAGAUGUUUAGGGGGCAGUAUCGGAGAAGGGUCAAUGUUAACGUUAAGCAGGGAGGAGGAGGGGUGGUGGGGAAUGGGUUGAGGAGUGAGUUUUCGAUGUAAGAGUUGCUGCUGGCGGUGACUUCAGGGAGAGGAGAGGAGAGGAGGUAGGAUAUAUCUCAAUACUCAUGUCUAGUUCAGAAUCUGAUAUCGCAUUCUCUGCGCCUGCUUAUGCUCUGUUGUUCAUUUGAGGAAUGGAGAGAAGAGGAUAGAGGAGGAAGUAACCAUUGGAAGAGAAGUCCAAUUCCGCAAUGAUCCCGUAUACAUAACGACGUAAAGCAAAAAACAAGAGUAAUAAACAAUCAUGGGAAAAAAGGAAAUCACUAAGUAAACACAACACACAACCCCAAAAGGAUCACCUGCGAG